AUGGUUUUUACUGAAUUUCAUAACUUUCCACCCGCCUGUAUAUGCAUUCAAAUGUGUAUUGAACAACCCACGUACUGCUACCCAAAUGGCUGUUUAAAAAGAACUGAAAAUGAAAAGAAAUGCACAGGAUCCCAACCGGUCGUAGAUAGCAUAAAUGCAAAAAAUCGUGAGAAACCAAAAUCUUUAUUGUUUUUGGUUGAGAGUCAUAAAAAUUUUUUAGACAACAUAAAUCACGACGCUGAAGAAAAGACAAUUAAAACACAACCAAUGGAAAUGUCAUAUAAAACAAAUCCAUUUAAAGAAUUAGUUCUAAAAUAUAAGAAAGUACCGAAACUACAAAUGAAAUAUAAUUUGAGAGAGCAGGUGAAGAAUAUGAAAUACGACAAAUUAAAAAGAGACCAAAUAGACGUUUCAAAAACAAGAUGGCCGGUAAAUAAACAUCUGUUACACGGAAAGAAACCUAUUUAUGGAAUAAGACAUUACAAAAAAAAUAAUGAGAAGAGAAAGUCCAAGUUUUUAGCAUCUAUGUUUCCAGAAUUGGCCAGUGAAAAUAACUAUGCUCCAAAAUUUUACGAUAAAUAUUUAACUAAACGUGAAAAUAGUGACGGUGUUAAAGUUGAAAGUCUGUAUUUAUAUAAGACGGAGAAUGCAAAUUCACUUGAAACAUUAAUUGAUAGUUUGAUAGAAAAUACAUUAGAUUUGGGUAAGAACAAACAUAGUUCCAAUAUAAGUAAGUUAAAUGAUAUUGAUGAUAUUACGGAAAUCAAUCUUAUGAAUAUGCAAGAGCACAAAGAUCAAAUAAAACAGGAUCGUGACAAUAAUGGGAAGAUUAUUUCUACAAAACCAAUAAACGAAACCAUAGAUACAAACAAAUAUAUGCCUAACAUAAAUAUGACAGAUGAGAAAAAUUAUUUAGAAGUAAUCGCGUUCAUGUCGGAGGAGAUUGAUAAACAAAAUAAAGUAAGCUUGGAUAUGAUGGAACGAGUAACUGGUAAUACUGAAGGUAUGGAUGUUUGGAACAAUGUAUCGAAUCUUAUAUCAGCCACUCAAAUGACAACAGCUAUGACAGAAGAAGUUGAAAUUAAAACGUUAAGUAUUACAGAUAAAAAUAUUAUACCUACGACUCCUGCCAAGGUUGAAACGAUUCGUGACGUCCCAAGUACCACUUGUCGUAUUGUGCCUAUCGUAAAGUCGCCACUUAAAAGUAAACAAAGGAUUGUGCGUAAAUUAAGAAACAAAACUAAUAAAGUCUGA